CGCACGCCGCCGGGCCGAGCACGCGCGCGUCGCUUGCCGCUCUCCGCGUGUGACAGAUGGCGUGCCAGUGACUCCGCACCCGGGGCUGAAAUUUGAAAACGGCAAGAAAUUUGGUUGCGAUUUUGCGAUGAGAAUCGAAGAGAGCGAAAAUGGAGAGAACUCAGCCAACUCGCAGACCGAGAUGCUGAUCAACCAGCUGAGGGAGAUCACCGGGGUCCAAGAUCCUCACCUUCUCUGCAGAGCCUUAAAAGCCGGUCGGGGUGACAUCGGACACGCCGUCGGUCUCCUGACAAGUCAGCCGGUGGAGGUUGGGGAUGGCGGAGAGCCGCAAGAGUUGGGGACACCCACAGUGGCCUGGGAAGGCCACAAAGGCGUCCACGCAGAUGAACUCCAAACCGCCAUCGAGCUGAGCCUGCAGGAGUCCCACAAGGCUCAGGAAGAGGAGCGAGAGUUCCAUCGGGCUCUGGAGGCCAGCGCCGAGGAGACCCCGGCCAGGGGUAAGAAGAAGAGAUGCGAGGCCCACAGCGACAUGAGCAACCCCGCCGACUGGAUCCGCAAGGACGACUGGCCCGUGGGACUUCGCAACGUGGGCAACACCUGCUGGUUCAGCGCCGUCAUCCAGUCCCUCUUCCACCUGCCCGUGUUUAAAAGGCUGGUGCUCGACUACCGCCUCUCUGAGCAAAUCCUGGACAGGUGUAAGAGCCACACGGACAAGCGGAACAUUGCCUUCAUGCAGGAGUUGCGCUGCCUCUUCGCCCUCAUGGUGGGCUCCACGCGCAGCUUCGUGGACCCCUCUGCCGCCGUGGAGCUCCUGCGAGAGGCUUUUCGGACCAGCGAGGCCCAGCAGGAUGUGAGCGAGUUCUCCCACAAGCUUCUGGACUGGUUAGAAGACGCCUUCCAGCUGGCUGCCAACGGAGACAACGCCACCGACAAGCUAAAGAACCCCAUGGUCCAACUUUUCUACGGCACCUUUGUGACCCAGCGCAAGCACCAAGGUCAAGUUGUAUGCAACACAGAGCAGUUUGGCCAGUAUCCUUUGCAAGUCAACGGCUUCAAUAAUCUGGACGAGUGCCUGGAAGGAGCCAUGGUGGAGAGGGACAUCGAGGCGCUCCAUGCCCAACACGACGAGCCGGCUGGCCGAGAGAGAUGGUUCAAAAAACUGCCACCCGUGCUGACAUUUGAACUGUCUAGAUUUGAAUUCAACACGCAGCUCGGCCGCCCCGAGAAAAUACACAAGAAAUUGGAGUUCCCGCAAAUAAUCUACAUGGAUAGAUAUCUUCACCAAAACCUGACAUGUACGCACGAGAGGCGAGGAGAAGUGAAAAAAGUGAAGGAGCAGCUCGCAGAUCUUCAACAGAAACUGGAAUGCUAUCAACGCUACGGCUCGGGCCCCAACAAGUACCCUCUGGCCGACAUGCUGCAGUUUGUGUUGGAGUUUGCCUCCAGCAAACCCGCCGCACUUUCGCCGGCCCUUCCUUCAUCGGCCACGGACGCCGGCCGAGAGGACGGUGAGGCGGCAGAGGAGGAGGGGGGCUCCCAGCGCAUUCCCAAGACCUGCAGCCAGCACUGCCCCCUGGCCAGUGAUGUCUCCGAGGAGGAGCUGCGCUUUGUUCAGGGCUGCCUCCAGCGGUGGAGGACGGAAGUGGAGAAGGACAUCCACGAGCUAAAGGCCAACAUCGAGAGACUCAGUCAGACGCUGGAGGGCAUGUACUCGGACAACAGCCUCUGCCAGGUGCCCUACAGACUCCACGCGGUGCUGGUCCACGAGGGCCAGGCCUCAGCAGGCCACUACUGGGCGUACAUUUACGACCACGCCAACCAGCGCUGGAUGAAGUGCAACGACAUCACCGUCACAGAGUCCUCGUGGGAGGAGCUGGAACGAGAUUCUUUUGGCGGCACCACCAACGCUAGCGCCUACUGUCUCAUGUACAUCGAUGACAGGCUGCCCCAUCUUAUUAGCGCUUUCCGUUCAGAGCGCGCAGACGACGAGACGGGCCAGGUGCUGUGCGGGAUGGACUCCCUGCCGCCAGUCCUGAGACGCUUCGUGCAACAGGACAACCGCUGGUUCCAGCAGGAGGUCAGCGAGUGGGAGGAGCAACUCUGCCAGGCAGCGGCACCUCCGGGCGAGUCGGACGAGCUCCCGGAAGCCGAGCCUCAGCUCCCGGAAGCCGGCGCCGACCGCGACCCUCAGGCUUCGGCGCCUAUCGAACCCGUGCCGCAGGCCCAGGGAGCCGCUGCUGCUUCGCAAGCGGAAGCUCGGAGCCAUCCAGAGCCUGACGCUGCAGGCCCGCUUGAAGAAUUAGACGCAGCAACAGCAGCCGCAGCCCUUCCGAGCUCAGAGUGCCAACCAGAUGACGGCGAGCCCGACAACAGCGACAUGGCGGAACCCGAGCGGUGUUCUGACGUCGCUGCCGUCGCAGCUGAGAGAGAGCCUCAAAGUCAGAGUCCCGAAGUUGAGCUCGACGCUAACCAUUCGCUGCCAGACCUCUCCGUGAACAACGAAGACGCACAGGAGGAGGAGAACGAGGAAGAAGUGGAGGAAACGGCUCGAGGUGAUGUCGAGGCCUCCUCGGAGGAAGCUCCUCGCCGCCAAUCCGAUCAGGAGCAGCCCAUGCCAGCGGCGGGGCGGCGGCAGGCCCAGAACGAGGUGUCCGAGGUGGAGAUCCCCAACGUGGGCAGGAUCAUGGUGAGGGCGGACGCUGACGGAUACAAUGAAGAGAUGAUGUUGACCCCAGCCAUGCAGGGCAUCAUUCUCGCCAUUGCAAAGGCCAGACAAGCAUUCGACUCAGAGGGUCCCGAGGCCGGACUCAUCAAGGCCUUCCACGAGGAGUACUCCCGCUUGUAUGAGCUCUCCCAGGAGGAGACCACGCCGCGGGAGGACGCGCGCCUGCAGCACGCCCUUGUUUACUUCUUCCAGAACAGAGCGCCCAAACGCGUCAUCGAGAGGACGCUGCUCGAGCAGUUCACUGACCGCAACCUGAGCUACGAUGAGAGAGCCAUCGGCAUCAUGAGGGAAGCUCGAGCCAAGCUGCGCCUCAUCAAGCCCGAGGACAUGGACAUGGAUGAGUACCUGCAGUGGCACGACGACUACAGAACGUUCCGGACUGUCUUUGUCUACCUGCUGACCGGACUGGAGCAAUACCAGCACGGCAAAAUGCGCGAGGCUCUGACCUACCUGGCUCACGCCUACGACGCCAACGCCGCCCUGCUGGCGAGCGGAGAGAAACGCGGCGUGGACACGUCUCUGAUUGCACUGUACAGGAGAAAGUGCCUCACGAGCUUGAACGAAAGGGCCACGCGGCUCUUUGCCAGCGGUGACGAGAGCAAGGUGGAGGACAGCGUGGCCAUCAUGGACGAAGCGGUCAUCCCCUGCCUGCACCUGAUGAGCCGCGAGGUGUCGUCGCAGGAGGACCGCGACACCAUGGAGAGCAUCCGCAGUCAGUGGUGCUGCUGCCUGGGGCAGGACAUGGACGACUCACUCCAGAUGAAACUGGGCGAAUUCCUGCCGCGGGUCCUGGACUGCUCCACCCAGACGGCGGUCCUCAAAGACCCCCCCAAGGUCCACGUCAACCAAGCUCAUGACCUGUGCAGCCGCCUGGCCGCCGUCAUGGAGUCCAUCUGCAACACCGCCGUGGUGGCUGUCAAGUAACCAAAGCCGCCCGACGGACUUUUGAUAGCCAACCGACCGCUGGCUUGACACUCGCGCGUCAUUUUCUGUAAUGUGUGUCGCUAGCCGUUAGCCGUGUUAGCAAGUAGCUAUUUUGACACGGGAUAGUUGUUCAAGGGAGGAAGAAGACUUGGAUUUGGAUCAGUCCUGUCUUGAAGCACUUAAUCACUUGUUGCUCAUGAAGCGUAGUUCAGCACAUAGACGUUCCCCGUGCAGGAAGUGACACGAGUGGGAUGACGCACGACAGCAACACGUUUGUAAUAAUAAUGCCCAUUUGCAUUUGUUUUUCUAUAUACGUAUGUAUUUUGUAUUUUUACAGACUUUGGUAAGUGGCCGUAUGCUUGUAGAUGAAAGUCAAGAGAGCUAGUGAGGGAUGUGAUUUGAAGGAAGUGCAAUAGAGUCAUUCGAAACGCCGGACUCCAAGGAGCAAACACGGUGUAUGGAAAAAGCCACACGUGAUGGCUUACAUGGAUGACAUGAAACCUCAACAAUGCUCUCAAGUCCAAAAACAACACGUUUCUGUCACGUGCCACCGAUACCAUUGCGUCGGGCCCGUCCUCAAUAAAUAUUAGAAAUGUGA